AUGGCCUCUUUACCAACCAAUCCCACAUCUUCGGCCAGCCAGGUUCCCGUCGUCCCGAAUCCAAAGCGCUCGCCGCUUCCACUCUCCUCCAGCCAGGAAUCUCAAGUCCGAGAGCUCUACUUCAAGCGCGUACGGACAAAAUGCGCAGAUGAGGUCAGAGAUUUUGCAGCGUGCUGUACCUCCCGGACUUUCACAGCGACUUUCAUGUGCCGCGCACAGCAAAAGGCGAUGAACACCUGUAUGAUGCAAUACGCCACGCAAGCAGAGMACGAUGCUGCGAGARAGGAAUGGUUUGCAACGAUUGAUAAGCGACGAGAGGAGCGGGAGCAGAAGGAGGCAAAGCGGAUUGAAGAUGAGAAGUUUUGGAGGGAGUGGUGGGAUAAGGAUUUGGCGAAGAAGCCUGGUGAAAAUAGGGAAAAGAAGGCGUAA